GGUGCUGGGGACACACGGUGAGCAAAAGAAAUCACGGCCCUUGUUCCCGCUGAUCCUGCAGUCCAGUGGAUGGAGCCCACAGGACACAGACCUGCCAGGAAAGAAAAAAAAAAUCCUGAUGGUUGGUCCACGCAGGGACACCCCGGUGGAUUGAGGAAUGUCUGGCUUUUCCUCAGCUCAUUGAUCUCUGUGGUAGCCACAGGCAUCACCCAAAAGACCCCAAGAAUGAAAGGCCUGAUGUCUACAAGUUGCUGCUAGAGCAACUAGCAGCAGAUGCUGCAGAUCUCUGCAGAUCACAGAAUGCAGCUGCCUCACAAGUUUGUAAGGGCCCUGGGCGCACGCUGACUGUGCGGGGGCUGGCGCGCCCUUUGCUCUAAGUCCGGGUCAGGGCGCUGCCAUAGCAACGGCCUGGACGCCCAGACCUUAGGCCGCCGCCGCCGCCGCCGGAGACCCGGCCAUCUCCCGUUCCCGAAGGGUGGGGCGGCGGCGGCCCGGGAGGCGGCCGGGGCCGGGUAGACGGGACCGCCCCCUCCUCGGAUACCAGCUGAGGCCGCGGGUUUGCUUCCAAGCAUGCCCUUUCAGAAGCACGUCUACUACCCGCUGGCCAGCGGCCUGGAAGGACCCGACGCCCCCGCAGCAGCUGCCGCGGCGGGAGCGGCCACGAUGGCCUGUGGCCCCCCCAGCGUGGCGUCGGUCCCCCUGCCCUUCUUCCAGUUCCGGCCGCGGCUGGAGAGCGUCGACUGGCGGCGGCUGAGCGCCAUCGACGUGGACAAGGUGGCGGGCGCCGUGGACGUGCUCACGCUGCAGGAGAACAUCAUGAACAUCACCUUCUGCAAGCUGGAGGACGAGAAGUGCCCGCACUGCCAGUCGGGGGUGGACCCGGUGCUGCUGAAGCUCAUCCGCCUGGCGCAGCUCACCAUCGAGUACCUGCUGCACUCGCAGGAGUUCCUCACCUCGCAGCUGCACCACCUGGAAGAGCGGCUGCGCCUGAGCCUGGCCGAUGGCGAGCAGAGCAGGAAGCUCCUCACCAAGCAGGCCGGCGAGAUCAAGUUACUCAAGGAAGAGUGUAAACGCAGGAAAAAGAUAAUCUCGACCCAGCAGCUGAUGAUCGAGACCAAAGCCAGCUAUUACCAGUGCCAUUUUUGUGAUAAGGCCUUUAUGAACCAAGCUUUUCUACAAAGUCACAUUCAGCGCCGCCACCCUGAAGAUUCUCACCUUGAGUAUAAGAAAAAGGCACAGACUGAUAAGCUCCAGAGUGAGAUUGACAUGCUGAAGGAGCAGCUGCAGCUCACCAAGUCUCAGCUGGAGGCUGCACAGCACGCCCACGCUGUCAGGUUCUCUAAGGAAUAUGAAAUGCAGAAAACAAAAGAGGAAGAAUUUCUGAAGUUAUUUGAUAGAUGGAAAGAAGAAGAAAAGGAGAAACUAGUUGAUGAAAUGGAAAAAGUCAAGGAAAUGUUUAUGAAGGAGUUUAAAGAAUUGACCUCCAAGAAUUCAGCAUUAGAAUAUCAAUUGUCAGAAAUCCAGAAGUCCAACAUGCAGAUCAAGUCCAAUAUUGGCACGUUAAAAGAUGCACGUGAAUUUAAAGAAGAACGUCCUCAGUAUCCCCAGGAUUUCCAGAAUGUGAUGCAACUUCUUGAUAGUCAGGAAAGCAAGUGGACCGCCCGAGUUCAAGCUCUUCACCAAGAACACAAGAAAGAGAAGGGUCGGCUCUUGUCACAUAUAGAGAAACUUCGAACCUCCAUGAUAGACGAUCUAAAUGCAAGUAAUGUUUUCUACAAGAAAAGGAUAGAAGAUCUAGGGCAGAGACUCCAGGAACAGAAUGAACUGAUUAUCACGCAGAGACAACAGAUUAAAGAAUUUACCAGUAGACCAUUAAACACUGUCAGUGAACCCAAAGGGAAUCCUUUAACCUGGCAAACAUUCGAAUCUAAGCCAACUGCCCCAGCUGUAUCUAUGACUGCCUCAGCCCCACAGACUUUGGAUGCUAAAUCAAGUCUAACAAUGGCACACGAACAGGCAUUCCCAUCGCACAUACUGGAACCAAUAGAAGAGCUUUCAGAGGAAGAAAAAGGAAGGGAGAAUGAACAGAAAUUAAAUAACAACAAGAUACAUUUAAGGAAAGCUUUGAAGGGUAACCCCUCCCUCAAUAAGGAAAUCAGAAACAUGUUGGAGCAGAGUUUGCUGGAGAAACUGGAAACCUUGGGGAUUAAUGCGGAUAUACGUGGUAUUUCAAGUGAUCACUUCAGUAGAGUGCUAAGAACUGUGGAAUCAGCAAGACAUGAGCGAGAAAGACAAAUACCUAACAUUCAGCAAAUUCGAGAAUUCCUUGAACGUGAGGUCAGCUGUAAAAUCGAGGAGAGAAACUUACUGUCCUCAGAUAAGUAUGGUGCUUCUCAAAUGGAUACCCUCUCAACUGGAGAAAUACCCAAGGCAGUGCAACUUCCUCCCAAAAGCAGACAACUGAUUAGGCAAAGAGCUGUUUUCACUGAUAGGACAUCUGUUCCCAAAAUUAAGAAAAAUAUCACAGAAGAUCAUUUUCCCAAAAAGUCUUCAACUCUUACGACACCGCCCUUCAGUUCAGAGGAAGAGUUGGAUGGUGAGGACCUCAUCCAGGUAUGCGCAUCCCCGGACUUACUUCUCGUGCAGUCAUCCAAAAGCAAGAAGAGUAGCUUUGGAAAGAACACUGUCAAAAGUGACACUGACUGGACCGAGGGUAGUGAAAUCGAGGACUCCGAUAUUUCUCCCAAGCCCACAGGAACCUCCAUUAAAACGCUGACCGAAAAAGUUGAAAAGACGGUUUCAAAUCACGGAAGUGUGAACAAGCCAUUUGGUGGGAUUAACAUUGCCGAGGCGUUCAUCAAGAAAGAACUGAAAGAAGACCUGAAGUGCACAGAUGUGGACGAUGAAGACUGGGACAUAUCAUCCUUAGAGGAAGAAAAAUCUUUAGGGAAAAAAACUGGGCAAGAACAGAAGGAACCUCUACCUUUGAAGAAUGAGCCAAAUUCUACUCAAGUGCCAAAUGCCUGGGUUGCAUCUAAUCUCCAGGGGCCAAAGGGAGAAGGACCUCAAGAUGAAUCAAGCACGUUGAAAAGCAGCUUAGUAACUGUGACUGAUUGGAGUGACUCUUCAGAUGUGUGACUACAGCCCCGGAGUCAGAAGGUCCAGACGCCAACAGGAUUUCAGUAAUCUGCCCACAGGAUCCUUAACGCUCCUGCCCUACGGUAUUUCCCACAAGAACAAGGAAGCGGAUUCAAAGAACAAGGGUCUCUUUAACAGCACCUAAUUCAGUAUUGAAAACAAAAACUGUCAACAGUAUUUCGAAGCAUACAAAGGUGUUUAAGACUUCUGCUGCUUAAAAAUAAUGUGUCAUUGAAGUCAUAAAAAGUUUUCUCUUCAGAGCAGUA